AUGGAUUCCCACCUUCAAUACUCGACCGACUCCAACUCCUCCGCGACCUGUUCCCAACGUCGUCAGAUGACAAAACAAGUUCAUUUCAGUGAGUUGUCUAUGUCAAUGAUCUCCCCCACCGUAAUUCGAAUCAAUUGUGGUGGACAGCUGAUUGAAAUCACUAGAGAAACACUCGAAUCAUACCCAAAAUCAUCACUAUACGAACUGACGAAGACGUUAAGGCCAAACGAUGAGAUAUUCAUUGAUAGAGAUCCGUAUGGACUGAGGACGAUAGUGGACUACUUUAGAUGUGGGGUUAGGAUACUGUAUACGGAAUGUACUACUAAUGCCAAUGCUGAAUAUUUGGAAAAAGAGGCGGAGGUAAGUGGAAUAUAUCCUACCCUACCCUACCCUACCCUACCCUACCCUACCCUACCCUACCCUACCCUACCCUACCCUACCCUACCCUACCCUACCCUACCCUACCCUACCCUACCCUACCCUACCCUACCCUACCCUACCCUACCCUACCCUACCCUACUACCCUACCCUACCCUAACCUAUCCUACCCUACCCUGCCCUACCCUACCCUAUCCUACCCUACCCUGCCCUACCCUACCCUACUUUUCAAUACUGUGUCAUGCCUUACUCUACCAUAUUCAGUCUUAACCUACUUCACCCUAUUUACCCUGCCUUAUCUUACUUGGAACUGCUUUGCCAAUUCGCAUUGGCCUAAAGCUUUGCCUAAGGUGUCUUAGCUUAGCCUACCUGGAGCCAAAUUUCAGCUUAUUUUUAGUCUAGUUUUACCAUAGUUUUAGCUUCCAAACAGAGCAACACUCUUUACCAUGGAUAAUUGACUAUUACAUCAAAAAACAUAUUUUUUCGGCAUUACAUCAAAAGUAUAAUACAGUAGCCUUAAGUAAAUUGUAAAAACCCUUGUUACGUAACCUUUUCUGAUGUAAUAUUGUUAACUUUUGUAAUAUUUGCCUCGGUGUAAAACGACCCAACAAAUUACUGCGAGUGCUGGGGUUUUUCGUACGGAAUUUCUUACAAACUGUAGCUAUACUCUGUACAUACUGUAGGGUUAGAAUUAUGCAUAAGUUAGACUAAAGAUUGGUAAUGCAUCUAAGCAAAGCACGGCGGAACACAUAGGGUCAGGAAAAAGAAUAUGGAAGAUAGAGGGGCAGGGAAGGGCUAAAAAUUCGGUUAUGGUAAGGCAGAGAUGAUGGUAAGUGUAGGACAAUUGAAAUUUAACGGAGAGAGCGGCAAGGAAAAGCAUGAAACGGAAUGGUAAAGAAAGGGAUUGCAGAGCUAGUCAAUAUAAGAUAGAGUAUGUUAGGGUAGGGUAGGGUAAAGUAGGGUAGGGCAUGUCAUUUUCGUUUGAACUAUUCUUGUAUCUUUUAGUUCUACGGCUUUGAUGACAUCGCCUUAAAGUGUGCUGCUUUGUACAAUUUCAAAGAGAAAAGCGAAGUUUCAUGGCGGCCGGAUGUCAUUGAAGCCUAUUACCCAUUAUUUGCCAAAUGUAUUGCCGAUCCAAGUUUGGUAGUGCCAUUCACGUUCGAACGGAACGCUCAUCUCGUGGCACGUUGUAUUGCUUGUGAAUAUAGUUAUGAGCCAAAACAAAGCCAUAUUUAUAUGUUGAAUAUUCAAGAAUGGGCCGCUUUAAAGUACCACAUGGCUGUUAUGAUUGGCAUGGUGGAAAAGGUAGGGUAAAUAGAUAUACAUACAGGAAAAGGUGGGGUAAAUAGAUAUACAUACUAAUAUAUAAAUGAAAAUUUACCUAACAGAGAAAAUGAGAGGAGGGGGGGGGGGGGUAAAAAAGUCGUAGGAAUGAGGGUAAGGCAGGUUAAAGGCCUGGGUAAAAAAAGAAAUUUCUUGCCAUUUUUUAAUUUGUAAAGAAAGUUCUUGCUAUUUUUUGUUUUGUAAAGAAAGUUCUUGCCAUUUUUUAAUUUGUAAAGAAAGUUCUUGCCAUUUUUUGAUUUUUAAAAGAAAUUCUUGCCAAUUUUUUUUUGUUUUGUAAAAAAAAGUUCUUGCCAUUUUUUAAUUAGUAAAAAAAAGUAAAUGUUAUCUUUUGAAUUUUGAAAGAAAGUCCUUGCCAUUCUUUUAUCAAUGUGUUUUAGAUACUCGGCCCAACAUGUGUCCUAGUACGAUGGGCAAACGGCAUCCAAACUCACCUUCCAAAAACGGCGUUACGAGUUGUUGUAGAUGACAUAUGA